AUGAUGAAAAAGUCUAACUCAGUACAACUUUGCCAAAAUGACGAAGAUGAAACUACAAUGGAUUCGAUGGAUAAUAUAAUCGUGGUACGAGACUCUUCUGGUCGUGGGUCGGCUAAAUCUACUAUUUUACAAACUGCUUUGCCAAUCACAGAUCCGGUUAAGGAAACGGAAAUAUUGGAAAGUAUUGAUGCAGCAUAUUUCAUCGACGAAGGAUUCGAUGCAACCGACUAUGAACUGAAAAAAGUUAUGGGUGCCGAUAUUUUGCCUGAAGAUUUAACUGGAGAAAUGGACAAAUUAAAGCAACAAUUACAAGUUGUUUCUAAACGGGUAUCGGAAGUGAUUAUGCAGGAUUGGCCUUCUUAUUCAUCCCAGCUGGAAGAUAUUGCUGAAAUUCAAAAAGAUCUAGAUAGUAUCCUUUUGGUAAUGCAGAAUAUGCGAAAGAAACUUGCUCAAGCGAAACUUGAAAAUCAAAAUGGUCUGGAAAUAAUUGCAAAUUACAGAAAUCGAAUAUUUUUAAAGAAGUUAUUAUCGUCCCUCGAGGACAUUAAAACAUUAUACGAAGUACAGUUCCAAAUUAAGGAUCUUGUCCAGGAGGAAAAUUUCCCUGCAGCCAUUAAUAUGUGUUAUGAAGCACAGAAAGCUACAGUAACUUUUAAUCAAUUCAGCUGCGUCAAAGAGUUAUCAACGAAGUUGCAUGAAGCUUUGGAAGAAAUCGAAAUAAAUUUGGAUAACUGUUUGGCCUCGAUAACGAUUUUAUUUAGCGUUGAUCGUUAUUCAUCGAUUUAUACUGCCUAUAAAUUGUUAGGUAAAGUUGAGGAAUGUGCGAUGAAAGUGGUUGGCUUUACUCGUGCAACUUUAGAAAGCUCAGCGAGGACGGUUAUCAGUGAUAAGAUACUGCCCAUUAGGACUGAAACGAAAAUUCAAGAAUUAUCAUAUGAGCAGCUUUGUGAGGCUGUGGAUAUGGGUCAAAUAUUGGACUGUGUGCGCGAAUUGGGGUUUGUUAUUUGUAAAGUGUUGUUUACAUAUCAUUCUAUUUUGCUUUUCCACAUCGAUGAAGAUGAAAGGUUGGAAUGUGCACACGAAAAAACAGAAAAUCUGGGCAUUGUUCGUAAAAUUCUCGUGGAUUCCUUAUAUUCUAUUUUCAAGACUGCAUCAGUAAAAUUCAGCACUUUAUUAUAUUGUCAUGAUCUCUCGCUUCUAAAAAUCGAUCAAUUUCUGGAUAUUAUUGAAAUGUCAAACCGAUUCAAACAGUUUGGUCGCACUUACUUUGGUAAUGUUUGUGGUGAAGUUACGAUGUCAUUGGAAAAGCAGAGUGAUCAGUACUUCAAGAGAUUCCAUUAUGAUCGAAUGGAUGAGUUACGUAUGUUUUUGGAAAAUGAAGCUUUUGCUUUAUGUCCGGUGCCAUUACAAUUCACUUUGUUCGAUUUUCAGGAAUUCAGUUUCCUGAAGGAAUUGAGUGGAUGUCGAGGAGGAGUUGAUUCUUCUUUACAUUCUAAAAUUGAUCUGGAUCUGGGUGAGCCAUUAGACUUUCAGAUUCUUCAGCCGACCGAUGUAAAUCCUUUUCUGAUGGGAACUACAGAUAUGGAUUCUUCUGCUAAGGAUGUUGAUAUCACCAUUAUUUCAAGUGCGAAAAAUUCGUCGAACGAUGAUGUGGAUAAUGACAGAUAUCGUCUGGAUGGUAGUUUCUCACAGCUGGCUCCAAUUCUUUGUAAUGCAUCACUGAAUCUCUUACGCUUUAUUGGGAAAUACAUUCGGAUGGCUUAUGUGCUUCACUCAGUUGCUGAUCAAGCUGUAAAUGGUAUUUUUGAACUCUGCAGCUAUUUUUUCUUUGCGGUAUAUUCAUUUUUCGUGUCAAAUGCACAUAGUGUUACUGAAUCUUUUUUCUCUCCAAACUUAAAAAAUGUUAUGGACAAUUUAGAAAGUGAUUUAUUUAGUGAUGAUUCACCUUCAGAAGGUGCAAAUAAAUUUAAAUGUUUUCCCUGCACAUUGUUACAAGAUGUUAAGCUUGAUUCAGCACCUAGUUAUGCCUUACGUGAACGCAUUGUUGGCGCUGAAUCUGUAAAUUUUAUUUCUAAACAGCUUGAUCUCAUCCGUCCAGUUAUCGAAUCGCUGGUUAAUCGUGAUGUCAUCGAGAAAUAUUAUACAGAGAUCCUGGCUGUGAUACCAAAAAUGAGAGAAUGUAUCUAUGCUUGUGCAAUAAGCUGUUUAAUUGAUUAUGAUUGGUUUGUGAAUGAUAUAAUGACAACGAAAUGGGACAUUUGUCAGCUCCAAUCGCAACAUAGCACUUAUGUUGAUAAUAUUUUGCAAGAAUUUUCAAGGAUUAACGAUUUGCUUUCUGAAAUCGCAAAACAAAUACCAAUUACAAGACCGGUUCAAAAGACUUUUUGGAGCAUAGUUAUAUAUUGUACAUUUAAUGCACUUGUCAAAGGUUAUGGUGAAUUUGGGAAAAAGUGCUCGAAUGAAGGGCGUGCAUUAAUGCAGUUAGAUUUCCAACAGUUAAUUGCAAAACUCGAACAACUUAUCGAUUUUAUGCCCAUCCCACACAAAGCAUAUGUUGAAAAUUACAUCAAAGCUUAUUAUUUACCUGAAAGUUCGAUGGAAUCGUGGAUUUUGCAGCACAGAGAAUAUACAACAAAUCAAAUCAUAACACUUUUAAAUGUGGCAACACAUAUUUCGAAGAAAGCCCGAACACGAAUUAUUAAUGCACUCGAGGAAUAA